GCGGCGGUGAAGCGUCCGGGCCAAAUUCAAGCUCAAGAGGUUUUUUUCUUCUUCUUCUUCUCUCGGUGACGCCGCGCGAACGCAGCGAGAAUAAUUUCCCUUCCGAACGCGACGGUGUUUAGCGAGGGGGAAACGUCGUCGUCUCGCGAGUUCUGUUGGCGUGAGCGAGAAAGAAGAACCGCGGGGGGUGGAGGCGAGAGAAAAAAAUAAUGGCUUUGAAGAGAAUUCACAAGGAGUUGAACGACUUGGGGAGGGAUCCUCCGGCACAGUGCUCUGCAGGACCCGUUGGCGACGACUUGUUUCAUUGGCAGGCCACCAUUAUGGGACCAAAUGACAGCCCAUACCAGGGGGGCGUGUUCUUCCUUACCAUUCACUUCCCAACAGACUAUCCUUUCAAGCCUCCAAAGGUCGCGUUCACAACGCGCAUCUACCAUCCGAACAUCAACAGCAAUGGUAGCAUCUGCUUGGACAUAUUGCGCUCGCAGUGGUCUCCAGCCCUCACCAUAUCCAAAGUGCUGCUGUCCAUCUGCUCGCUGCUGUGCGACCCCAACCCCGAUGAUCCUCUUGUGCCAGAGAUAGCGCGCAUCUACAAGACGGACCGAGAGAAGUACAAUAAACUUGCCAGGGAAUGGACGCAGAAGUAUGCUAUGUGACACAGCGGAGGGGAAACCUGGUGCUCCGUUUUAUACGUCUGUUCUGCUUUUUGCCGCUCGGUUUUAUUUUGUUUUGGUUUGGUUUUUUUAUUUUAUUUUCUCCUUACCUGUGUGCACACCAAUCCCUUCUGGCCCAGCACCUUCCCAGCCUCCAUUUCAUCACUUGGCACAAGUGCUUUAUUUUAACUUUAAUUUCUUCCUCCUUUUUUACCCCUCCUCCCUCCCCCCUCCCCUAUGCAGUCCCCUCCACCUUGUCCCGUUGUGUGUAUAAACUCCUGCCCCCUCCUGUACAUUUCUGUAAUAAAAGAACAAAAUUGUGAGAUGUUUCUGUUGUAAUAUACUUGAGGUCUUGCUGUAGAAAACAUAAUAAAGCUAAUAAAUGAACACACAAAUA